AUAUUCUCCUUGUGGGUUAUCCGCCAUUCUGGGACGAAGAUCAACAUAGGUUAUAUGCACAGAUCAAAGCUGGGGCUUAUGAUUAUCCCAGUCCUGAAUGGGACACUGUUACUCCCGAAGCCAAGAAUCUCAUAAAUCAGAUGCUCACAGUGAAUCCUGGAAAAAGGAUCACUGCAGCAGAAGCUCUUAAACAUCCUUGGAUAUGCCAAAGAGAACGCGUUGCAUCGGUUGUUCAUAGACAGGAAACUGUCGACUGCCUCAAGAAAUUCAAUGCGAGACGUAAACUCAAGGGUGCUAUACUUACUACUAUGUUAGCUACUCGAAAUUUUUCAAAUGUGAUUUCAGGUCGGAGUAUAGUGGUAAAGAAGGGCGAUGGAUCGCAAGUAAAAGAGUCAACAGACAGUUCGACCACCCUCGAAGAUGAUGACGUCAAAGAACUAAGGAUUCCCUGCCCUGAAAAGCCCUUUUCACAACUAUCCACAAACUCACAGACAGCAGCAAGGCGUCAAGAAAUUAUUAAAAUGACGGAGCAACUUAUAGAAGCAAUUAAUACUGGUGAUUUUGAGGCAUACACAAAAAUAUGUGAUCCACAUCUCACUGCAUUUGAACCAGAAGCCAUGGGUAAUCUAGUUGAGGGUAUGGAUUUCCAUAAAUUUUACUUUGAUAAUGUGCUGGGUAAAAAUUGUAAAGCUGUAAAUACAACAAUUUUAAACCCACACGUUCAUUUGCUGGGAGACGAUGCAGCCUGUAUAGCUUAUGUACGAUUAACUCAGUACAUGGACAAAAUGGGGCAGGCUCAUACACAUCAGUCGGAGGAAAGCCGCGUCUGGCACAAGAAAGACAACAAAUGGCAAAAUGUACAUUUCCACAGGAGCGGAGGCACUGGCGGAGCCGCCUUCGGAUUCAGUUCUCAUAAAUAGGAUCACUAGCAAUAGGAUUAAUAUUUUACAUAUUAUUAUGAUAAUAGUUUGAUUUAUUACGACUUCGAACUAUUGAAGAGACAAAUUGGUCCCUAUCCGUAAAUAAAUAAUGUUUGCGCCAGGCGUCGAAAUCAAGAAACGAAAUUAUUAUUUAUAACGUUCACAUCACGUAUAUACAGGGUGGCUCUUGAUAGAGACAAAUGGAUCAGGCCAUUGAAAUUUAUGGCACAAAAAGGCCACUGUGUUUUUAAUCAUAAACGAGUCAGCUGCUGCAUUUACAAGACAUUUAAAAACAUUUUUUUAUGGGGAUUGAUAUUUGCAUAUUGAUUUUGAGCUUACUUUAGGUCCACCGUUGUUAGAUGCUUAUCCAGAAGGUUUAUGUGCACUUUUUAUUCGAUUUACUGAUAUCUUUUUUAUUUUUUGUUACAAAGUUUGUGAGCACCCUGUAUGUAAUACAUAAAUAUUACUGUUUUUACUCACACUGAAACAUCACACACACACACCACAUACAGACACACACACACAUUACACAUAUUGUUUAUAGUCGUUUCGGUUUUGACGCCGGACGGAAUUUUAUGAUUUUUUUAUUUUUGUACAAAAUUCGAUUUAUUUAUUUUAGAUAGAGUUUAUUUAAGUGUUCUCCAAAUGAUGAUCCGUUGUCAGUUCAUGAUCCAUAUUGAGAAGUCAUCCGGUUGCCAUUUUAUGCUUUUUCAAAACAAUCCAACUAUUACAACACUACAUAAAAUAAAAAUGUAAAUAAAUAAUCAAAAAAUAACAACUAAUAAUGUUCUUCCAAAGAAUUUAAAAAAAAAUUAAGAGGUAAAGGGAAAUUUUAAACCGCAUUAUUUAUCCCUUUACUUUUAAUGGAAAAUCGAUUUAAAAAUAAAAUAAAAUAACUUCACCUACUUAUUACAAUUGAUUUCUAACGACAACAAAAAAAUAACAUGUAUAACAAAUUGUGUAAAAGAUAAUGAAAGCAUAAAUGGCAACAGGUAUACUUCGUUUACUUUCUGUAGCGAUGUGACCUUCUGUUUGACCGGCGCAAA